AUGCCGAUGUUCCCGAAAAAUUUCGGACAAAGAAGGGCGUGGUUCCGUAUAGCUGUGGCAAUCCAAAGGGUCCAUCCAGUUCUGGACUACGAUUUUCAAAAAGUAAACAACCCGCCACAAGACAAAAUCCAGAUAACAUGGAUUGGACAUGCUACUGUGCUUGUUCAGAUAGAAGGGAUGAAUAUUCUAGCUGACCCAGUAUUCAGUGAGAAGUGUGGCCCAGCUGGUUUUGGCUUACAAUUAGGCUACACACGGUUUCGGUGCCCUGCGUGUCAAGUAGAAGAUCUACCGCCCAUACACGUUGUGCUCAUCAGUCAUAACCACCACGACCACUUAGAUUCACAGUCAGUCAGGGACAUUGCUAAACAUCACCCAGAUGCCAAGUGGUUGGUUGGUUCAGGCAAUGCAAAGUUUUGCAAGACGAGCGGAUGCAAACACGUGGAAGAAUUCAAGUGGUGGGAACCUAUAAAUGUUGGUGCCUUCACAUUUGUAUGUACUCCGACACAACAUUAUCGUGAUUGGAAGAGCACUAUAAUGAAAAAAGAUUUAGUUAGAGCUAAUGCGCUAUGGUGUGGAUGGGUUGUGAAAAGCCCAAAAUACAAGUAUUAUUUUGCCGGGGAUUCGGGCUACCAGGAUGAGUUAUUUAAGUUGAUUGGCCAAAAAUAUGGACCCUUUGAUCUUGCAUCAAUACCAAUAGGUGCUUUUUUUUGCGGAUAUAUCACCAAGUUUGUGAGCAUGAAUCCGGAGGAAGCUGUGAAAGUUCACAUGGACAUACAUAGUAGAGUCUCAAUUGGUAUAAACUGGGGAACAUUUGAACUGACAAACGAGGUAUACCUCACUGUCUGUUCCAUUGUUAUUUCCGGUGCUGACUUAUCAGUAUUUAGUUUAAACUUAUCCAACACCAUAUAUACAAUGAGACAUACGCAACUUUAUGGCACACAUUAA